GGGACUUCAAGAACUGGCAGCAGAGGCCUUGGUCUGAGGCGGGGGUCCCUCAGGACACAGAGGUUCAGCCCGAAUCUGACACCAUGCCCCUGAGGAAUAGCAGCGAGCUUUGGAAGCAGGGAGAAGACCUAGAGGAGGCCGAGGGCCUGGGGAUGCCCAGCUGUCUGGGGCUGAGGAGGAGGAGGAAGGGGAGGAGGAGGCUCCACCUUCCCCCUCUACCCCAUCUCCCCCAUACCACCUAUCUCAUCUCUCUCUAUCCUCCUCCUCCUCCCCCUCCUCCUUCCCCUCCUCCUCCCCCUCCUCCUUGUCGUCUUGCCCUUCAUUGUCCUUCUCUGGCAUGGUCUUUGGCCCCCCAGAGGAGGGGUCUGCUACUCCCGCGGCCCUGAGUGCUCCCCAGAGCUCUCAGAGUGCCGACCGCUCCCCCAAUGGUGGGGCAGCUGGUGGCCUUGGCCAGCCCGAGCCUCCUGGCCCCAGCGGCCCAGGGGAGGCGGGAGAUGAGGAGCCCUUGGUGGAGGGCAGUUUCCGCAUGAAGACGGCUGCCCUGGUGGUAUUCCUGCUCCUCAAGUAUCGCAACAAGCAGCCCACCAGCAAGGCAGAGAUGCUGGAGGUCUUCACCCCAGAAUACCAGGACGACUUCCCCGCCAUCUUGAGCCAAGCGUCCAUCUGCUUGCGGCUGGUCUUUGGCCUAGACGUGAUUGAAGUGGAUCCCAGGGAGCACUCCUACGUCCUCAACCCCAUCCUGGGCCUCACCUGGGAUGGGAUGCUGAGCGAUCAGUGGGGUAUCCCCAAGACCAGCCUCCUGGGGCUGGUCCUGGGGUUGAUCCUCCUGCAGGACGGAUGUGUCUCCGAGGAGGUGUGGGAGGCUCUGGGGUUCACGGGGAUGAAAGAUGGCCAAGAGCAAAUCGUCUGUGGGGAGCCUGGGGACCACCUCACCGUCUGUGUGCAGGAAGGCUACCUGGGGCGCCGGCAGGUGGCAGGCAGCGACCCUGCCCGCUUUGAGUUCCUGUGGGGGCCCAGGUCCUCCGAGGAAACCAACAACCUUCAGGUCAUGGACUUUAUGCUCCAGGUCGGUAGCAAAAACCUGGGGUCCUCCCUGGUCCUGUGAGAACAGAUUCUGAGAUAAGGAAGAGGGAGCUGCAGCUCCAAGGGCAGCCAGGCCCUUUCCAAUCUUUUGUGGGGCCGGUAUGAAGGGAGGCCUUAGGGUGCUUCCUCCCGGUGUUGUCCUGUUGGGUGUGUAAAGAGAAAAGCCUGGGCGUUCUCAGGGGUUAAGGGCCAGGGCAAGUAGGGGGAAAGCAGGGCCAAGAGCCUCCCUGGGGGCCUGGGCUCUGCAAUGACCCUGGCAUCCAGAGCUUGGUUUCUUUGAGGAAGCUCCCCAUGUUUGUUCCUUGGGACAGAAGGGUUCCCCAGCCCAGUGUGUGAGUGACACGCACCCCUUUGAGAUCAUACUUGCCAAGCUCAAGUGUUAGAGUUUUGUCAUGUCCUGCAUACAAUUUGGGAGACCUUCCCUCCUUGUUUGGGUUCUGGAUGAAAUCACAGGGCAAUGGCGUUGGAAUCUGUUGGAAAGGCCAAGAGUGCAGCAGGCAAGUGCUGGA